UCAUUUCCUUCUCACGCAGUCUUCUUGAGCCAUUUCACCAACAUGACCAGCUACCCUCCUCGCCAGCUACCAUCAUCUACUCCUAAGAUGUCUCAAAGGAAGGAGCGACGCAUGUUCUCAACUUCUGAUGACAGUGCCAUGACCAAGCAAGUUCAGGCCACGCAUGCACCUGAUGGUCGUGAUAUUGAUGUCAAACCAAUCCUCCAAAUCGUCGACGAAAUCUUGGUUCGAUUCAUUGCUCGCACUGUUGAGGGUCAUGAUGUAAGACGAGACCAAGAUGCAUUGGAGAUGACUGCUGCUCUGGCUGAAUUUGACAUGCUUGAUUCGCUGGCUUAUAUCAUAAACAAAAUUUCCUGCGAGCUGUCAUGCAAGUGCUCAGGAGGUGGCGAUGCACAUUCAUCAACAAUGGUUUUACUGAAUUACAUGUCUAGCUAUGCAUGGCAUGCGAAAGUUGUGCUAACCUUAGCAGCUUUUUCUGUUAUUUUCGGAGAGUUUUGGCUUGUUGCUCAGUUAAGUACUGAAAAUACACUUGCCAAGUCCGUGGCCCUCCUUAAGCAACUGCCAGACAUUGCAGAGAAUUUUAUGUCCUUGAAACCCCAUUUUGAAGCACUCAUUAGGCUCGUGAAAGCAGCAAUGGAUGUAACCAUGUGCAUUGUUGAAUUCAAGGAGCUACCAUCUGAAUACAUUUCAGAGGACACACCUCCUAUGUCUGUUGCCAGCACUCACAUUCCUAUUGCUUCCUAUUGGGUCAUCCGAAGUAUUGUGGCUUGUGCCUCACAAAUUGCUAGUCUCAUAGGCACAAGAAAUGAGUCCAUUUCAUCAGCCACAGAGGCAUGGGAAUUAUCCAGUCUGGCUCACAAAGUUACUAGUAUAUACGAGCACCUCAAGAAGCAAUUGCAUCUUUGCUACCAAUAUAUAGAUGACAAGAGGCAUGUUGAGGCCUACCAUAAUCUGAUACGCCUUUUCGAGACAGUGCAUGUAGACAACAUGAAAAUUCUGAGAGCACUGAUAUAUGCAAAGGAUGAUAUUCUUCCACUUGUGGAUGGAACUACAAAAUCAAGGGUUAGCCUGGAGGUACUAAGGAGAAAACAUGUGUUGCUGCUCAUAUCAGAUCUUGAUCUUUCACAAGAAGAGAUCUUGGUGCUUGAUAAUUUAUACAAAGAUGCACGAACAAGGGCUGAUACUCAAUAUGAGAUGGUAUGGGUCCCAAUUGUGGACAAAGCGGUCUGGAAUGAAGUGAACAAACAGAAGUUUGAGUAUUUGCAAUCAUUGAUGGCAUGGUUUAGUGUGUGCGAUCCUUUCAUCAUUGAACCAUCGGCAGUUAAGUAUAUCAAAGAAGUGUGGAACUUCUCAAAGACGGCUAUUUUAGUGGCCCUUGAUCCACAAGGCAGAUUGUCCUCCCCUAAUGCUGUUCACAUGAUAUGGAUUUGGGGUAAUUUGGCCUUCCCCUUCACAAGUGAGAAAGAAGAAUCCUUGUGGAAGCAAGAGAUUUGGAGCCUUGAGCUACUUGUUGAUGGCAUUGAUCCUACAGUUUUGGAAUGGAUGACAGAGGGAAAACUGAUAUGCCUGUACGGAGGAGAAGACCUGGAGUGGAUAGAAAAAUUCACAGCAACAGCCUUAAACGUGGCAAAAGUGGGGAAUUUGGAGCUAGAGAUGGCUUACGUGGGAAAGAGCAACGCGAAGGAGCGCAUGCAGAAGAUGAUAAAAACCUUCAUGUCACGAAAGUUCAGCUACUUCUGGCCCAACGUGACGUCCAUCUGGUUCUUCUGGACGCGUUUGGAGAGCAUGCUGUACUCCAAGUUGCUGCACGGGAAGACGGUGGAGAACGACGAGAUCAUGAGCGAGGUCAUGACGGUGCUGAGCUUCGACGGCAGCGACCGAGGCUGGACCAUAUUCUGCAGAGGCGCCACCGAAAUGGCUCGAGCCAAGGGUGACACUGCUAUCGAGUGUUUGUCCAAGUUUGAUGAGUGGGGGCCUAGGAUGGACGAGGAAGGUGGCUUUGUGCCGGCGAUGAAUAAUUACCUUAACACGAAUAAGCCACCGCAUCACUGCAACAGGCUCAUUCUUCCGGGGAGCACUGGGGGCAUACCGCAGAAGGUUGUGUGCGCUGAGUGUGGACGCCAGAUGGAGAAGUACUUCAUGUAUCGUUGUUGUGUUGAGUAAGAGGAAUGUUGCAUGAUUGCAUGCAUGCAUGCAUUUUAUUAGCUGUUAUACUGCUUGAUUCUGUUAUAUAUGGUUGGUUUCAGAGGUUUUCUUUUUUAGUGUUGUAAGUUAUGCAUUUGUGGUGACAUGUUAAGAUAAUGUUUAUGUGUAUGCACUAGCUCUUGGGGACGAAGAAGCACCAUCUGUUUCUGCUCACCAGUCCCUUUCUAAUAAAGUGUGUUCUACGACUUUUAUAUAUCUUACACUAGUAAUUUAUGUCCA